AUGGCUCCAACACGAGAGAUGUCAGGUGAAACAAAGGAGAGGAUUAUCAAACUUCUCAAAGAAGGAGUCUCUGUUCUGUUACUGAUGGCAGUUAUAAACUCUGAUACUUCACAUCCCAAGUCUCACUUUCAUGAGGGUCUUGAAGUACCUGAACAUUGCCAGGAUGAUGUAACAGUAGAGUGUGCACAGGAGCUGCUGAACCAAAUCAAGAACAAGACAUCUCAAGAGCUUCAACAGGAAAGUGUGGAAAAUUGUUUAAACAUCAUGAUGAACAGUACGAGUUUAGUAAAAGAAAACACUACUGACCAGGAUCUAAUACUGUAUGGAAAUGAUGUUCUGAACUUCACUGAAGAACUUGUGUCUAAACUAGUGAGGGAAACAGACGACAUCCAGUCCAUCAGCAUCUCUCUACAAACUUUAGAGGUUCAGGUAAUUGAGCUUGAACUGGACUCCAGUGUGAGUAAAAUCCCCUCUCUCACCACAACCACUGCUUCUAUGGAUAUCGAGGUCACAGGAAUCCCGAACAAAAGCAACGUUGCUGUUGCCUUGAUGAGCUUCACCAACAUGGCAGCCAUCCUGCAUGCUAGCUUCUUCAAUACAUUUGUAAAUACGACAAAAACCAUAAUGUCUCCUGUGGUGUCAGCAAAACUUCUCCAAGUAUCUGGCUUCACUACAACCUUUUCUACCGAUUUUUUUCAAAUCAGCUUUACCCUUAAGCAUGUAGAUGAGUUGGACCCUGAAGGUGUUCUCGGCUGCUUGUAUUGGAAUGAAAACGAAUGGGUUGAAGAUGGUUGCAGUACCACAAAGUUGAACAAAACUCACACUCUGUGCUCUUGUGAUCAUCUGGGUACUUUUGCUUUAAUCAUGCAGACUUACACUCAGCUGAUGUACAAUUUUUGGACAAUUUGUAAAACAGCGUCUGUGGCAGUAGGAAUAUUGUUUCUGAGUUUAUCCAUACUGACUUUGGUCAUUUGUCAUCCUCACAAAAAAGUGACUAACAUGACUCUGAUAAACCUGUGCAUGAGCCUUCUCCUUGCUAUGCUUCUUAGACUGCUCACAAAAUAUUUCCGGGCAUAUAUAUGCCCUCGGAAGCAUUUGUUUCCCAUCCUGGAGGGUGUUUUGUUGUUUUUUUUUCUCUCUGCUUUUAUGUGGAUGUUCAAUAAAGCUGUGCUAUUCUUCAUUUUUGUGAAGAACCUAUCAAAGGUCAGCUCAAACCAGGAGGAGGGGCUUAGCUGCAAAUGGUUCAUUUUGAUCGGAUACUUAAUUCCCCUGGUUGUGAUGGUCGUGUACGGCAUAGUCUAUCGUGGAAUCUACACAGGUUUCAUCUGCAGCUCAAACAUGUCUUGUAGAGAUAGAUACAUAUAUUUUCUUCCUUUUUACAUCAUUUCUACACUAAUCUUGAUUCUCUACAUCAUCACCAUCAUCAUCAUAAUCUCAAAGCUGAUACGGGUGAAAAACCACCACUUGCUGAGGAGUAACAGCAACGACACCAAACUCAUAAUGAGUGUGAUGUUUAAAAGUCUGGCUCAGUUUUUUAUCAUCGGCUGCCCCUGGCUCGCCUACUUCUUUCCAACUGAUGUUAUAGGGUUUUUUACAGUGAAUUUAAUCUGCAUCCAGCAGGGGGCCUUCAUCUUUCUGUUCCACUGUCUCCUCAACCCAGAGGUCAGGCAGCAGUACAGGAAGUUUCUGUGUGCAGUUUGCUGCUUUAACAAUCGUAGCCCUGCUGCAGCAGAUGGGCAGGAGCCUCAGGGGACAUCGUGAACAUCCAAAGGCUUAUUACUGUUAGUUAUGUUACAAUAAGUGAUCAUGAGACGUGUCGCAUGGAAUUGUAACGUGUAGGAUUGUCAGCCUUUAUCUUUUUUAAACACAUUAAAUAGUGUAAAUAUAGGUCAAGUCUAGAUUUUUGACUGUAGAUUUUUGUAUAUUUUGAAGGACAUCAUAAGUAUCUGCUGAUGUAUCUGCGUGUAAUCGUAUCUACCGCCCCCUUCUGGUCAUCUGCAGAAUGUUCCG